UGCCUCCUGGCUUUCUUUCCUGCUUGUCCUUCUUUCUGCCUGGUUUGCUUUCUCUUUCUUCCUUCCUUCCUUUCCACCUGGCUGUGCUUUCCACCUGAUUUUCUCUCCAUCCAUCCCCUUGAUUCCCUCUUUCUUCCCAACUUCUCUCUUCUCUUUCCAACUUCCUUUCCCUCCCCACUUUGAUUCUCUCUCUUUCCACCUCAAUUCAUUAUUUCAAAACCCUUUUCUGUCUCCACCUGACUUUGGUCUUUCUCACCUUAUUUUCUCUCUUUUUUAAACCUGUCUCAAUCUGCCUGAUUUUUGUCUUUUGAUUUCCUUCUUUCACAUUUACAGUAGAGUCUCACUUAUCCAAGCUAAACGGGCCGGCAGGAGCUUGGAUAAGCGAAUAUCUUGGAUAAUAAAGAGGGAUUAAGGAAAAGCCUAUUAAACAUCAAAUUAGGAUAUGAUUUUACAAAUUAAGCACCAAACAUCAUGUUAUACAACAAAUUUAACAGAAAAAGUAGUUCAAUAUGCAGGAAUGUUAUGUUGUAAUUACUGUAUUUACGAAUUUAGUACCAAAAUAUCACGAUGUAUUGAAAACAUUGAUUACAAUAAUGCGUUGGAUAAUCCAGAACGUUGGAUAAGCGAGUGUUGGAUAAGUGAGACUCUACUGUAUUUCAAAACCCUUUUCUGUCUCCACCUGACUUUGGUUUUUCCCACCUUAUUUUCUCUCUUUUUUAAACCUGUCUCAAUCUGCCUGAUUUUUGUCUUUUGAUUUCCUUCUUUCACAUUUACAGUAGAGUCUCACUUAUCCAAGCUAAACAGGCCGGCAGGAGCUUGGAUAAGCGAAUAUCUUGGAUAAUAAAGAGGGAUUAAGGAAAAGCCUAUUAAACAUCAAAUUAGGAUAUGAUUUUACAAAUUAAGCACCAAAACAUCAUGUUAUACAACAAAUUUAACAGAAAAAGUAGUUCAAUAUGCAGGAAUGUUAUGUUGUAAUAACUGUAUUUACGAAUUUAGUACCAAAAUAUCACAAUAUAUUGAAAACAUUGACUACAAAAAUGGCUUGGAUAAUCCAGAAGCUUGGAUAAGCGAGGCUUGGAUAAGUGAGACUCUACUGUACUUUCUCUCUCCACCAAUAUUUUUAAUAUUUUUUUCUCUUCCCAAGCUUAUUUUCUGAUUUUCUUUCUAAUCCACCUGAUUUCCUCUCUUUCACUCACUCUUUCCUCUCACUCCAGAAGCAACUUGCAGUUUCUCAAGUCGCUCUUGACACACACACACAAAACAUACUUAUUUCUCUCUCUCUUCUUAAAUGUUUUGUCUUUGAUUUCCCUCCUGUUCAAACCUGUUUCUUCUGAUCACUUGAUUCUUUCUCUCACCUGAUCUUUUCUCUGUUUUUCAAACAUACUCUUUUUGUUGUCGAAGGCUUUCGUGGCCAGAAUCACUGGGUUGCUGUGAGUUUUCCGGGCUAUCUGGCCAUGUUCCAGAAGCAUUCUCUCCUGAUGUUUCUCCUGCAUGUAUGGCAGGCAUUCUCAGAGGUUGCGAGGUCUGUUGAAAACUAGGCAAGUGGGGUUGCUCCAGGGUGGAAGAAAUAACUCUUGUCUAUUGGAGGCAAGUGUGAAUGUUGCAAUUGAUCACCUUGGUUAGCAUUGAAAAGCCUUGCAACUUCAAAGCCUGGCUGCUUCCUGCCUGGGGGAAUCCUUUGUUGGGAGGUGUUAGCUGGCCCUGAUUGUUUAUUGUCUGGAUUUCCCCUGUUUUCUGAGUGUUGCUCUUUAUUUACUGAACUGAUUUUGGAGUUUUUUAAUAUACUGGUGGCCAGAUUUUAUUCAAUUUCCUUGUUUCCUCCUUUCUGCUGACAUUGUCCACAUGCUUGUGGAUUUCAGUGGCUUCUCUGUGUAGCCUGGCAUGGUGGUUGUGAGAGUGGUCCAGCAUUCCCAUGUUCUCUAAUAAUAUGCUGUGUCCAGGUUGGUUCAUCAGGUGCUCUGCUAUGGUUGACUUCUCUGGUUGAAUCAGUCUGCAGUGCCUUUUAUGUUCAUUGUGUUGUGUUUGGGCAAUGCUGCUGCAAUUGGUGGUCCCUACGUAGACUUGUCCACAGCUGCAUGGGAUACGGUAGACUCCUGCAGAGGUGAGAGGAUCCCUCUUGUCCUUUGCUGAAUAUAGCAUUUGUUGGAAUUUCUUGUUGGAUCUGUAAAUAGUUUAUAAGUUGUGUUUCUUCCUCAGCUUCCCUCUGCAGUCAGUGGUUCCCUUGAUGUUUGGUAAUAACACUUUUCCUCUGGGUGAAUCUUUGUCUUUUCUCUCCUGGCUUCUUCUUGGCCUUGCAGCUCUUCUGAUGUCUGUGGUAGAGCAUACAUUAUUUUUCUCUGUGCUCUUGGUGUUUUGUCUUUGAUUUCCCUCCUGUUCAAACUUGUUUCUUCUGGUCACUUGAUUAUUUCUCUCACCUGGUCUUUUUUCUUUUCGUUUAUCUGUUUUUUAAACUUAUUCUCUCUUUCCACCUGAUUUCUUUCUGUCUUUGAUUUUUAUCUUCUCACUCAUUCUCCACUUGUUUCCCCCUCCAUUUCCACUUCCACUUGAUUUCUUCUUUCUUUGCACCUCUUAAUUCAUUUCUCUCAUCUGCCACAUGCUUCUCUCUUUCUCUCUCCUUCCAUCUCUUUCUUUCUCUCUUUCCCAUCUGGCUUUCUCCCCCUCUUUUCUCUCCUCCUUUGCUCUUCCUCCAUUCUCCCUCUCUCCCUCCCCUUCGUAUGGCCAGAGCAUCCUGGGCUAUAAUUUCCCUUUGGAGCCUGGCCAUGGCAUCCAGCAGCUGAGGUCUGUGCAUCUUGGGCGCGCCUUCCUCCUGGGCCUGAGGAAUUGCUACUUUGGGAGAAGGGGCCCAGCAUCCAAGCCUUUCAUUAUGGCUUUGUGUGGCAGCCAGGACCCCAGCUUUACAUGCAAAAGGCUCUAAACUCUUCCAUUUGUGAGCGGGGCUGCUUGCAUUUCCUUUGAAGAGCUGAAGAGCGUCCCUCCUCCGCAGACGCUUGCAGCAAACCAAGCCUCUCGGCCUCAGCAGAAAUUAAAUUUUGCCUUUCUAUGAAGGAGCCAAGAAUAAUAACACUAAUCUAAAAAGAAGGAUCUGACAGAUCUACGAUCCCUACAAAGUGAAGAACAUCUGGGAAUCUGCCCAUCAAGCCCAUAUUUAGAACCCGCAAAGAAAGAACAAAACCUUACAGAGUUUUUGAAAGUUUUGGAGUGUCAAUGUGGAAAAUGUAAAACUUUUUCUGGCUGACGGUAUGGAUUUUGCUCCCAGCAGCUGAUCUAGAUUGGUCUAGAUUCUGCUGCCACCUUUUUUUUCUCCUGGAUUUUGAAAUUGGCCUUUGUUUGGCAGCUCUUCCUCUUCUAGACUAGAGACAGCCCCCAUUUAUUUAUCUUUGUUUGUAUGUUUUUAUUGCAGCAUGUGCAUUUUUGGACUUUGUCAUCGGUUUGGACUGUGCUGCUGUUUCUGGAUUGGAUGAAAUAGACUUGCUAGAAAUACAUCUCUUUGGCUGCAGUUUAUCUUGGGUGUUAUCACUGUGUGUGCUUCUGGACUGUAAACAAAACUGUAUACAAUUCCUCAAAGUUUGCAAAAGGUUUUUGGAUCGCUCCGGGGAUGAUCAUGCUCGAUGUGCUUGGAAAAUUGCAAGAUUGAACUGUUUUCCUCUCUUAAUUUUUCUAGAAUUUUGCAGCUUUUCAAUAGUUUGCUUUCAAGAUGAAAAAACUAUGUUUUAAUGAACUGAAGUUGAAUUUGCAUGCAUUUUAAUUUCUAUAAAGUUAAAAUGGAGGGAAUUGGUGUGGUAAAACUCCAAAUAUGUUGGUAAUUUGUGAAUUUCAGUAAGCAUCUGGGCAAUACAUUUUGCAAUUGGGAGGAAGCUGGAAACCAGACCUCGGCGUUCAGUGGAAAUAAUAUUUUGGGGUCUGGAGCGCAUUGGCCAAAACAUCUGUAUAUCUUGCUGCCUAUUGCUUUUAUUCUCAGAAGGAGAAAUAACCUGCAGGAUUUUUUAAAAAAAAAUAAAUUGAUUAUUUUGGAUUUAUUCUGGAUCUAAGGAUGAAAUUGGGAUCUGAAAAGGACACUGGGAACUGUAAAUUGGGACUUUACAACUACCAUGCUUUCUGUAUCUAAGAGAAAAGUUCAGGCUUUCUGGAUUUCAUGACACUGCAAAAUCAGUGGCUGUUUUCCGACUUGUGCCAAGUUGUGUUUGCAUGGUUUUUGUUUAUUGUGUUUUUGAAAUCUACUUUGUGGAGACUUCUUGUAAAGGUCUGUUUUUUGGCUUGCGAUUCUUCCCUGCGGUUGCAACACAAUUCCCUGUUCGAGCAUGUUGAGUUGACGCCCAGCCUGGCUCAGUCCAUGCAGCCGGGCCUUUUUCCCAAAUGGCUUUUCUGGGGCGAAUGUGCUGACCAAGAGAUUUGGGAAGAGUUAACACACACUUCUGGGAAUCAAAGAGAAGAGACAGAAAGAGAAUUGCAAACUGGCUGGAGAGAAGCCUUGAUUUCAGUGGAAAUGUAUAUAUUUCUCCUGCUUGGCAAACUUAGCAGUUCAGGAGUCACAAAUGCACAUGAAGACAAGUCGGAUUUGUCGGGUGUCAAACAUCAAAGGAAUGGAGAUGGUGUAACUGGGCGUUGGAUAGCUUAACCUGCCUUUAGAGGAGCAAAAUGUCGGCCCAACUCUGCCGUGCCCUUUAUGACAACGCUGCCGAAUGUCCGGAGGAGCUAUCUUUCCGCAAGGGGGAUCUGAUGGUUCUGCUCCAGCCCGAAGCCCCCGGCCUGGAAGGAUGGCACUUCUGCUCCUUGCACGGCCAGCAAGGAAUCGUGCCGGCCAACAGGGUCCGGAUCCUUCCGCAGCCAGCGUCCCCUGGACUCACUCCUUACCAACAUCACGUUGCAGCGGAGGUUUACCAGGUGCCCAGGAAAGAGGCGGCUGCGGUCGGAACGGUGUACGAAGCGCCCCAGGAGGAGCGGAGGCAGCGGGGACGGAGGAAAGAGGAGCAGGAGGUCUAUGAGGUGCCACCACCCGCUCGCCCCUGUCCUUUGCCCCCAGAGAGCAUCUACCGGGUACCACGAGGCACCAGAAGAGACGGGGACCCUGCGGAGGUUUAUGACGUCCCCUCUUCUGUACUCCGGGACUCUCCGUCUGACACGUAUGACUCGCCCUCUUCGUGCCCCAAAAAAGUGGCCCGUGUGGCCCCACAACCCACUGCCCCACCACCUUCUGAUGACCCUUACGACGUUCCCCUUGCCUUCAAGAAACUCCCAAGCCAAGAAGUGGAAGAGGAGGAGGAGGAGGAGGAAGAGAGAGACCCCGAGAGUCCCCUCGUUUAUGCCACUCCGUCUAACUUACGCCGGGCUUCAGCAUUGCUUAACCUGUACGAGUCGCCUGAGGAAGUGUUAGCGGGGAAUGCAGAGGAGAAGGAAGAGAAGAAGGAGGAAGAAGAGGAAGAAGAUGGAGGUAUCUACGAUGUUCCUCUGCUGGUCUCCAGCUCUCCACCCCUUGAAGGGGCUCUCCAAGGACUGAGCCUGCGGGAACCCGGACCCCCAUCCCGUCCGCGCCUGCCUUCGGCGGAAAGUCUGUCCCGCCGCCCGUUGCCUGCCCUUCCCAGCGAAGAACGGCUGUCGACAGAGCCUCCUCCACCCUCCCCAAGCAUCGUGAGGAAGGGCAGCAUCCAGGACCGCCCACUCCCGCCACCGCCACCCCGACUGGGGGGUCUCGGAGCCGGGGAGCCAAUAGAACAAGUCAGGGAUGAUGGCCACAAUGAAUACGAAGGGAUCCGCUUGCCGGAUGAAUAUGACUAUGUUCACCUCAAGGGGGCAGAUAAAAUCCAGCCCAAAGUGACCACUCCAGAAGGCAACCCUGGACUCACGUUACCGACAGACGCUGCACAGACGGAAGAAAUGGCACCACCUUCCCCAGAGGACAGCCAGCUCCUGCAGUUUUACACAGGGCAAUGCCAGACUCAUUACACGACCCUGCUGACGGCCAUCGAAGCCCUGCUUGCCAGUGCGGGCGCCCAAAAGCCCCCGUGGGUCUUUGUCCCCCACGGCAAGUUCGUCAUUGUCACGGCGCACAAACUGGUCUUUGUGGGGGACACGGUCUCACGACUGGCCUCCUCGGCUACGGUGCGGACACGGGUGAGCACUGCCAGUGGCUCGCUCUGCCAGGCGCUGAAAGAAGCCGUGCGCUCGGUCAAGAACGCCGCCUUGCACUACCCGUCACCUCCUGCCGCCCAGGAGAUGCGCGUGUGCGUGGCCGAACUCUCCCGACAAGCCUUGGCCUUCACCUCUUUGCUGGGCACCUUGGCACCCUCUUGACCCUGUGCUCUCCUUCCACUCCUCACCAGCAAAGUCUGACGUGUGGUCUAAGAAAGACAGAAACAGACAUUAGAAUCCCUGGUGUCAUUUGAGACCUCUAUCUGCGGUGGUGCCCUGUGGACUCCAGCAAAUCGUGUGCCAAAAGUGUGCCUGUUGGGUCACCUUCCAUGGGUGCCAAGGUUUCGUUUCGGAGCUCUGACUGAUAGCGCUGUUUUGUGACCACCACAUGUUCAACGUUGUCCAUAAUGGAGAUGUAAGACAGACACGGGUGCCAAUAAUUACCUUGUUUCAAGACCUCUUAUGCAAUAUUGACCCUCAGGACGCUAGCAAUACAUGUGCCAAAACAUGCCUGUUGGGUCACCUUGCAUCGGUGCCAAUGUUUCAUUUUGGAGCUCUGACUUCCGGCUCUCCCAAAUGUUCAACGUUGGCCAUAAUGGAGAUGUAGAUGGACACUAGAAUCCCUGUUGCCAAUGACUACCAUGUCAUUUCAGGGCCUCUUUUUGCUGUUGGUCAUCUUGCAUCAGUGCCAAUGUUUCCUUUCAGAGCUCCGACUUCCAGCACCAUAUUAAUGCGUCUUUGCCCAGUGAUAUUCCUUUAAUCCAAUGAUUCUCAAACUUUAGUUCUCUGGGAGUUUUAGACUUUGGGUCCGUGGUCUCGGCUGACUUGGCCAAUGACCAGGAUUCUGGGAAGUUCAAAUGACCGGGAUUCUGGGAACAAGAAUGCAAAACACUCAGAAGGCCAACAUGUUUGGCUUCUCUGUUUGGCCCUUGACCCAUAAUUUCAAGUUCCCUACGAGGAUCAAACCUCUACUGCUUCAUCAUGUUUAGGCCUCAAUCUUUGCAGGUACAAAGGCCUGCAUUCCACUCCAGUUUAAAUCGUUUGGCCGUUCUCCUAACCAAAGAGCCUUUCUGAGCUUUUCUAGUGUUUCUCCUUCCCGACUGUGCUCUCCUCCAAACAGUUGAUGUUCAAAAUGGUUCUACCAACAGGAUUAACAUCCCAGAAAUGUUUUCUCCAAAAGCUUUUGCUGAUGAUAUGGGGUUGCAGACCCAAAUACAUAGGGCGAGACCUGGCUGCUGCUCCCCACAGACUUGACAUUAGGAAGGCAACCCUGUGCACAUACACACAUCCAAAUAAAAGCCUGAAUGGGAAAAGAAUAAGGAGUGAAUUUGGGGGAAAACAUUUUUGUUUUCUUCUCAUUUGAUAACAAAGUCUUCUGGAAAGGCUGUAGGGAGGGGGAAAAAACCCCAAAAUGGGAAUAGUCGGUAUAAACACAGCAGAGAAGAUGAUGGAGAAGAAGGGAGGGGUUAGUCCAGAUGAAGCAAACAAAUGCAGAAAGUCUGCCAAAUGCAAAAGGGAAGCAAAGAAAUCUGGGGCACAAGCAAAGAAGCCAAAGGUGAGGAAGGAAAGGAUAAAAAUAGACAAUAGAGUGAUUGGUCAAUGUCGACUUUAUAUGAUGCAUAAUAUAGAGCACAAAGAUGGGUACUUGAAUACUGGAAGGGCUGCAUAAGGGUCGAAAACGAAGCAUUGCUGGGGCACUUGGCAGAGAUCCAUUUACUCGGGUCUUUGCUUCUCUGAAAUUCCUCUGCUAGUUUUGCAUUCUUUACCGAAUAGGUGCCAACUGGUUUUCCCAAGUUAUAAACAUACACACAUAUAUGUAUAGGUACGUAAAGACCCUUCAGCUCAUUUCCUCACCAAAAGCAAACUGGGUCAAAGCAUCUCUCUCAGGAAAUAUUUGCCAAGUUGUUUUCUAGGUUUGGUCAUAAUAAAAAUGAUGUAAAAUGAAACAA